GCGAGGUGGCAAGAAAAAGGGAAUUUCGAUCAAACGAGAGAGAGAAAGAGGCCAUUGUUUCUCCGGGCCGGAAGAACAAUGAUGCCGGCGAGCGGCCUCGUUAAUUAAACUCCGGAGUCGCUGGCGCUGCUGCCGCUGCUGCUACCACUACUGCUGUGUACUUGUACUACAACUACUCGGCUAUACUACUGCCCCGCCGCCAGUGGCGCUUUUUCUUGCCUCCUCGCGAUCGGGACAGCGAAGACGAGGACGGCUCGGGCGAACUUGGACGGGAAAAAAGCGCGAUAAUUAAAAUGCCGCGUAUCGACGAUUUUUGACUCAGGCGCGACUCUUUGCCAUGGACUUCAGUCUUCGCGCGUAGGCGCAUGUCGGCGGUCGUGUGCCAGCUCUCUCCCCGCGCGCCGAGUCGAUCGUAAUGACCUAGGAGCUGAUAACGCGCCCCGUAAUCGAUAGCCCCACAAGAGCACGCGUGUCUCUGUCUCUACGAAAAUACUCCGAGUGUGUAUACCGACAGUCGAGCGGCGAGUAUCAGACUGCGAACGAUGAGCCGUGACUACAUAAUACUGCCAAUCUUCUUCCUCUCCUCGUCGCUUUGGGCCGGCAAUGUUUCGGCGCUGAAGGCCGAAGCCAUCAUCGGCGCCGAGGCGGCGAACGAGGGCCAGUUCAAGUACCAGGUCUCAAUCCAGGUGCACAAGAGGCACAUCUGCGGCGGCGGCAUAAUCGCCGACAAGUUCGUGCUGACGGCCGCGCACUGCUUCAUCAACGACCUGCGCAGAUACGUCGACCUGCCUUACAAAGUCGUCGCGGGCACGUCCGACCUGUCGGCUAACUCCAGUGUCGAGGUCAACGGCGACAUGGUCUACACGCUCGCGAGAUUCGCCCCGCCGCCCUACGACAACGACAUCGCCGUCUUGAAGCUGAGCCAGAGCCUGGGACUCGACAGUAAUCCCAAGCUGAGCAAGCUGGAUUUGCCGAAACCCGGCAACUACUACGUGGGCGAGCAAGCCGUACUGGUCGGCUACGGCUACAGCGAAAUUCGGCCGAGAUUCGAUCUGUACACUCAGGAAAUCUUCGGCUACACCAAGACGAAUCACCUGCUGAGACGCACGCAAGUUCGCAUCCUCGACAAGGACGUCUGCAACGCCGAGCCGGCCAAGUACAAGCUCAACGCCCACAAGCAGCUCUGCGGCCGCGUGAUCCGCGACGGGAGUCAAGUUCGCGGCACCUGUCGGGGCGACAGCGGAAGUCCACUGGUCAUCAACAACACCAUAAUCGGAGUCCUGAGCACCGGCUCGACGACCUGCGACGACUCCGACGAGGCGACCUGGUACUCCAGAGUCUCGCAGUUUCUGCGUUUCAUCGGGAACGCCGUGAAGGACGCCAACCGGCGGAGCAUCCGCUUCGACGAGAUCCGCCAGUCUUAAGAAACAUGUAUAACGUACGUCAAUUAUUAUGGUAACGAUAAUCAUUCACGCUGCAGUAGCCUACUACUUCUCAUCAUUGUACUUUGUAGAAUUACAUAAUCACUCGCCAAGACUCAAUAAACGAUGCU